AUGACAAAUAUUUUACUUGACGAGGGCGCACAGAACUCAUUCAUAACUGAAGAUUUAGCUAGAAAAUUAGAAAUUGAGUCCACCGAAAAGAUUGCACUGAAAAUAUCUGGAUUUGGAGGAAACGAAGGACAAGUUCGUCAUCUUGAUAAAGCAAACAUAGCUAUUGAAACAGUUGAUAAUCAAAGAACAGAAUUAGACGUAAUAAUUGUACCGAAAAUUGCCGCUCCUAUUCAGACAAAAUCACAAAAGGAAAUCAAAGCACUGCCAUACUUACGUGGUUUACGACUCGCACAUCCCAAAUGCGCAGAAGACAAGUUUAACAUAUCUUUAUUGAUUGGCGCAGACUAUUGCUGGUCAAUAGUUGAAGAUGAAAUAAUAAGAGGAAAUGGACCGACCGCAGUUAAGUCGAAAAUUGGUUACCUCUUGUCGGGACCCGUACUUACUAAGAACGGAAGUACUUCAAAACAGUCAGCAAUGCUGAAUAUUUUGACUGAUCACAGAGCCGUUGUUUGCGACUUGGAAAAGUUUUGGAACUUAGAAGCGUUGGGGGUUUCAGGAAGCGAUACCAUUAAAAGUCAGUCUGAAGUUGUACGAGAAUACGGAGAAAAGUCUAUAAUACUAGAAGAUGGAAAGUACACAGCUAAGUUACCAUGGAAACCAGAUUUCCUUCCGCUACCGCAUAACAUGGAAUUGGUUAAACAGAGGACAAGUAGCGUUAUUAGGCGUCUAGCAAACAAACCUGAUUUACUUAAAAUGUAUGGAGAUAUCAUAAUGGAGCAGGAGAGACGACAUUUUAUUGAAAAGGUUGAGGAAACAAAACUUCCUACCGAUCGUACACUAUAUCCCGAAUCAUCCUGUUUCCAAGGAAUCAUCUACUACGCCAAUACGCAUUGUUUAUGA